GAGGACCAGGGGCUGGACUUUUCCAAGUCGAAGUGGAGGAAACCGAAGUACCGGGGAGCACGGAGUCAGCGUACACACAUUCAAGCCGUACCCAGAGUUUUCUCCAGCGCCUGAAACUUUGUUUGCGACGAAAAUGAUCGAGUGCGUUCAUGGCAUGUUGUAUUUAUCAGUCCUGGUGACGUUCGCCGCCUGCAACGCUCCUCCGGUACCGUUAGACGACAUCUUCAUUGAGAAAACUUUCGUCCCAGAGAAGUGUGUGCGCGCAGUUAAAGACGGGGACUAUGUUAGGUAUCACUACAUAGGCAUGUUCCCGGACGGCAAGAAGUUCGACUCCAGCUAUGACCGUGGUAGCACCUACAACGUGUUUGUCGGCAAGAAGCAGCUCAUCCAAGGGAUGGACAAAGCCCUGGUGGGGAUGUGUGUCAACGAGAGAAGUCUGAUCAAGAUCCCCCCUCACCUCGCCUACGGGUCGAAGGGAUACGGCGACAUCAUCCCUCCCGACUCCAUCCUCCACUUUGACGUUCUGCUGCUCGACGUGUGGAACCCGGAGGACGGCGUCCAGAUGAACACCUACCACACGCCCUCCGUCUGCUCCAGGAAGGUGGAGGUUUCUGACUACGUCCGCUACCACUACAACGGCACCCUGCUGGACGGAACCCUCUUUGACUCCAGUCACACCCGCAUGCGAACCUACGACACGUACGUCGGGAUUGGCUGGCUGAUCGCCGGUAUGGAUCAGGGCCUCCUGGGCAUGUGUGUUGGAGAGAGACGCAUCAUCACAAUGCCCCCGUCACUGGGAUAUGGAGAGAAUGGAGAUGGCAGCGACAUCCCAGGUCAGGCAUCUCUGGUGUUUGAUGUGGUGCUGCUGGACCUCCACAACCCCCGAGACGGGAUCACAAUUACCAACCUCAACGUGCCCGAGUCCUGCACAAGGAAGUCCGUCGCCGGAGACUUUGUACGCUACCACUACAACGGCAGCCUCCUUGAUGGGACCUUUUUUGAUUCCAGUUAUUCCCGUAACCGCACCUACGACACCUACGUGGGUCGGGGCUACGUGAUCGCCGGCAUGGACGAGGGUCUGAUCGGUGUCUGCGUCGGGGAGAGACGCACCAUCACCAUCCCCCCGCAUCUCGCCUAUGGAGAGGAGGGAACCGGCUCUAAGAUCCCCGGCUCAGCCGUGCUGGUGUUCGACGUUCACAUCAUCGACUUCCACAACCCUUCAGACAACACUGAGAUCAAGGUCAUUUUCAAGCCAGAGGAGUGUGAGAAGCAAACCAAGAAGGGAGACUUUGUCAAGUAUCACUACAAUGCGUCUCUGAUGGAUGGCACGUCUAUUGACUCUACGUAUAAUUACGGGAAGACGUACAACAUUGUCCUGGGGGCCAACCAGGUGGUUCCAGGUAUGGAGGACGGGCUGAUGGACAUGUGUGUGGGAGAGAAGAGGCACCUUGUGAUCCCGCCUCACCAGGGAUAUGGAGAGAGAGGAGUCACUGAUGAGGUUCCAGGUAGCGCUGUGCUGCUGUUUGACAUCGAGCUGGUUGAGGUGGAGGAAGGACUCCCCGAAGGCUACAUGUUCAUCUGGAACGACGACGUGUCCCCCGACCUCUUCUCUGAGAUGGACGUCGACGACGACAAGCAGGUGGAGCCCUCUGAGUUUACCGACUACAUCCUGCGGCAGGUGAACGAGGGCAAGGGCCGCCUGGCUCCCGGCUUCGAUCCCUAUCGCAUCAUUGACAACAUGUUCUCCAACCAGGACCGCAACGGAGACGGAAAGAUCACAGAGGCAGAGUUCAAACUGAAAGCGGAUGAACCUGCCUCCCAUGAUGAGCUAUGACGAGACUGAGAAUAAGGUUUUGGUCAGGGUGUACGCGGGGGAAGGCCGUGAGAGUUGGGGUGGCGGGGGGGCGGGUGCUUGUAAUAAACAGGUGGGUGGUAGAGUAUCAACAGAGUUGAGUGGGUUGUAAUGUAAGUGUUUUAAUCUUAGUAUUAAGAUUUAUUUUUUAAAAAAAACACCCAGUUUGAGGACUGUGAUGAUGGUGAAGGACUUUUUUUUUACCUCCUUUUCUCAUCAAGUUCUGUGCGUCUUUUAAUAUGUGACAUUUAUUUAGAUUUUUUUAUUUUUAUUUGUUUUGAAGGGUAUAAAAGCACUCCAUUGUGAGAGAGCAACCCAAGGCCUGUCGAAGAGAAAUAAAUCAAGGCUUUAAUUCAAGGUGUAAUCUAGGUUCUCUGAUUCUACUGGAAUCUGGAGUACCUGCUUCAGCCUAACUGAUGUGGCGUCCAAUGUUAUAAGUGAAGUGUGAAUUCAGUCGGAGCUUUCACACCAUGAUUUUUCUCAACGGGCCUCACACCACGCUCUCUGCAUUCAAAGUCCUUCUUUGUUGCUGUAGUGUCACACUUAAAUUUUCUUUUCAUUGAGUGUUUUUAUGAGAGAAUAUUUUCGUCUUCCAAAAGCAUUGAGUUGGUCGACACCUCCUGUAACGCACAGCGAUGGAAGGAAGCUACGGUUGAUUCGGAGGCGUUGUCGCCCAUUUAAAGGCGAACAUAAGCGUGAGUGUAGAAUUAGAAAAGCACAAUGUCGUUUCCAGUGUUUCCAGUUGUCACCUUCCACCGUGUUUCCUUUGAAACGUCAAGGCGCCUGCUGUGUUUUUUUUUUUGACUUUUAACGUCUUCCGUACAGGGCGUCAGUCACCCCCUAACAUCCUUUAAACACUUUUGUAUUUUGUCUUCUCCCAGUGUCAGUUGCAGUGAAAGAUGUAGUGUUGUGUGUGUGUGUGUGUGUGUGUGUGUUACACACAGAGAGAGAGAGGGAGAUAAUGUGUGAAUGCUGUUUUUUUUGUUGUUUUUUUUUUUAACUUCCACUCAGGAGAAGUGAGACUAGUUGGCGAUGAUGCCAGCUGAAAAUGUUCAUUCAAUUAAAUAACCCGACCUACAAACAUC